AUGUUCCGCUUUGUAUCUGCAAGACAGCCUCUGGCGUUGGUGGCUGCCUCAUCGCUGCGCUUCCAGUCCAGCCCCGCCACAUCUGCAAUGAACCCAAACCGGCGCAAUCAAAACCGCCGGGGCUUCACCUCUACAAGCUCACUGCCCAAGUUCGAGAUACAUGACGUGCGCGAUGACCCGGAGCACGGGAGCAUGACCCGUGUGUCAGUCGACGGCAAGCACCUGCUCGUCUCCCAAUUCCCGCAGCUUGGCCCUCGCAACGCCGACCCGAACGACACUACACCGCAGUUUGACAGGGAGCGUCGCAUCUCGAUGCGCUUCCGCCACAUAGACCUCGCUGGCUUCGUCAGCGUCGUCGAGGACCGCGUCCCAAGUCAUCAUGUCAAGAACAACGCGUUCGACAUGGCGUUUGAGAAAACAGCGAAGGGCUACGUCUUGAAGGGUCAGGUGCACCGAAGUAACUCGCAAGCCAACGAGGAGUGGGCGGUUCGAUUUGAGAAUCAGUUUGCCGUGACGAUGGAGCACUUUCUCGAGAGCGCGCUGACGGAGAGCUUCGGCUUUGCCCAGCACCAACGGAUCUUGGCGAGAGGGGAUAGUCUCCCGAGCGACAGAAUUAGGAGCAACCAGGACCGCAACAGAAACCCAAACCGAAAUCAAAACCGCCGUCGCAACAGCGGCAACAGCAACGACGAUAACCAAGGGAACUGA